GUUCCAGCGCCACUAGUGUAGUGUCACACCUUCCUCCUUCGGCGCAGUUAUUUAUUAACAUGUGAGAAGAACUUCCAGAAAAGCAGUAUAUGAUUAUGUCUCCUCUGCAUUAGCAUGGGAUUUUCCGUGAUUCUGAGCUCUUCGCACAUUUCUGUACCUUAUCAUAACUCUCCGUCGGCUUCUAACUAAACGAAGCUUUUUCGACUGGAUGUGACAAAACUGCGUUUUUCGCUGCUUCGAACGCUUCACUUCAGGCGGGCGUCGGGGAAAUGGCGCGCGCCCACUGGCACUGCUGCUGGCUCUUCGCGUUCCCGCCGCUCGUGGCCGCGCUCGCCGUGCACGACCUGCUCAUGAACGACUGCCUCAGGUCGGAAUUCAUCCUCAACGUGGUGUCGCUGGAGGACGAGCCUUCGCAGGGGAGCCGGAUAUACGUGAAAAAGGCUGUGCAACGGGCCAUCGAGAAAGACAGGGAGCUGAACGCGGCCGAAGGUAUAAACUUCACCUUGACGGCCAACUACCGCUGGUUCAACACCACGCUGUACAGGAACCGGGGCUGCGGCAGCAGCGUGUGCGAAGGAGUGGGCAUACUGAAGCAGCUCAAUAAGGAGAACCAGCUUGGCUGUGCCAUGCUGGGACCUUCCUGUACCUACGCCACCUUCCAGAUGGUUGAUGUGGAUGUUGGGCCCAUCCUGACCAUACCCAUCAUUUCUCCUGGGAGCUUCGGCUUGUCCUGCGACUACCAGGUCAACCUCACCCGUCUUCUGCCACCAGCACGCAAAAUUUCCAACUUCUUUGUCCACUUCUGGAACUUCACUCACACAAACCUUAAGCCUGAAUGGGGGACGGCCUAUGUGUACAGGAAACCCGAGAGCACAGAGGACUGUUUCUGGUAUACCAAUGCUUUAGAAUUCGCCUCAAUCAAUGGCGAGUUGCUGCGCAAUAAGGGAGAGUUACACAACGCCUUAUCGGAUGACGGCCGGAAAAGUAACUUGUUCAUUCUCUGUGGCUCUCAAGAGGACUUUGUCAACUUGACAGCAGGAGUUGUGCUGAAGAAGGAGGUUGUUUUCAUCCUGAUCGACCUCUACAAUCAAACGUAUCAUCAUAAUACUAGUGUGAACGAAACCAUGAAGAAUGUCUUGGUGCUCACUCUGCCUAACCUGAGAAACUACAGCUAUUACUCCAACUUUCCAACAGCAGAGGAGAUGGAAAGCUUCACAGACCACAUUAUAGCAUACCAUGAUGGGGUCCUGCUCUUUGGUCACGUGGUGAGGGAGAUGGCGAGAGGUGCGCAUGAUAUUUUGGAUGUGGAGGCCAUGAAUGCCAGCGCCUUCAGAAACAUCUCCUUUGAUGUAAUUACAGAGGGUUUAGACAACAUGUUCAGGCACAGAUAUAGACACUGGAUCAGAGAGGCAGCACUAAGACACUUGCCUGGUAUUGUUUGCUCAGGGAUGGGUGGACAUUAUGUGCUGGAUGAAUAUGGAGACAGAGAUCUGAACCUCUCUGUCAUGUACUGGUCAACCAAUAACAGUCAGUACAAGGUUGUAUUUGAAUUUGAUACGGCCACCAACGUGACGAAAGUGGUCAAUUUGAACCCAUGUUUCCUGUGGACUGGAACAGGCCUUCCGAGUGAUAUCCCCAAACAGCGCAAAGUCAUUCUCAAAGAUCAAGACAUCAUAGUUAUCAUCCUGGCCCUCAGUGUCCUGGUGGUGACAGCUAUAGCUCUCAUCUUCUACAGACAAAACAUAAAAGAGCGUCAGAUUCAGAAGCGAUGGUCCCACAUCCACCCGAGCCUCAUAUUUCCCCUGAAUGGCAAAGAACGAGGCCUCAUUUCCUUGAAGAUUGACGAAGACCACAGGAAAGACAGCACUGACCGGAUCCGCCGUGCCCGCUAUGAUAAAAAGACUGUGAUCCUUAAGGAGUUGUACCACACAGAUGGCUACUUUAGCGAAAUGCAAAGAAUCGAACUCAAUGCUUUGCUGCGCAUUGACUAUUACAACCUGACAAAGUUCUACGGAACAGUCAAGUUUGAGCAUGGUGUGUUUGGAGUGUUUGAAUUUUGUGAAAGGGGGUCCCUUACGUAUGUGCUGAAGGACAAGAUUUCUUAUCCAGAUGAGACCUUCAUGGACUUUGAGUUCAAAAUUUCUGUCAUGAAUGACAUUGCCAAGGGCAUGUCCUACCUUCACUCCAGCAACAUCAGUGUCCAUGGCCGCCUCAAAUCCACAAAUUGUGUGGUAGAUAACCGCAUGGUAGUCAAAAUCACCGAUUUUGGUUGCAACACUAUCCUCGUUCCAGGAAAAGAUCUGUGGACUGCCCCGGAACACUUACGGAAGCGGGGCAUCUCCCAGAAGGGUGAUGUCUACAGUUACGGCAUCAUUGGGCACGAGAUUGUGCUGAGGAAGGCCCCCUUCUACACGGAAGCCUGCUCUGACACUGCAGAGAAGCUUUACAAAGUGGAGUAUCCCCCCUCCACCUCUUUCUUCAGACCUGACCUGAACAUGGAGACAGCAGGAGAAAAGGAGCAGGAGCUAUAUGGGCUCAUCAGAAGCUGCUGGGACGAAGACCCUGAAAGGAGACCAGACUUCAAGAAAAUUGAGAGUUCCCUGGGCAAGAUAAUCAGUAACCUUCAUGAUCAUGCCAACAAGAGCUACAUGGACAACUUGAUUCGCCGUCUGCAGAUGUACUCUCGUAACCUGGAGCACUUGGUGGAGGAAAGGACUGCACUCUAUAAAGCUGAGAGGGACCGCGCUAACAGGCUCAACUUCAUGCUUUUGCCCGCCCCUGUGGUACGCUCCCUGAAGGAGACAGGCCAAGUGGAGCCUGAGCUCUUUGAAGAAGUGACCAUCUACUUCAGCGACAUUGUGGGCUUCACCACACUGUGCCGGUACAGCACACCCAUGGAGGUGGUGGAUAUGCUCAACGACAUCUAUGGGAAUUUUGACAGGAUCCUCGACCACCAUGAUGUCUACAAGGUGGAGACUAUUGGUGAUGCCUACAUGGUGGCAUCAGGUCUUCCACGCAGAAAUGGGAACAGGCAUGCGGUAGACAUCUGCUGCAUGGCGCUUGACAUCCUGGCCUUCCUGAACAGCUUCCAGCUGCGCCACUUGCCGGGUCUGCCUGUAUGGAUCCGCAUCGGUGUGCACUCAGGGCCCUGUGCUGCAGGGGUGGUGGGGGUCAAGAUGCCACGGUACUGUCUGUUUGGUGACACAGUCAACACUGCCUCACGGAUGGAGUCAACAGGCUUCCCCUUGCGAAUCCAUGUCAGCCAGCCCACCGUCAACAUCCUUCAGAGGACUGACUGCAAGUUUGAAUAUGAGAGGAGAGGGGAGACGUACCUCAAGGGAAAAGGUACAGAGAUGACCUAUUGGCUGACAGGAAUCACCAAGCACGAGUACAACCUGCCCACUCCCCCCACAGCGGAGAACUUCCAGCAGCUGCAGGAGGAUCUGGCUGACAUGAUCGUGUCCUCCUUGGAGAAACGUGCCCUUGGAGCAGUGGGGACGAAGAAGAGGAAAAUGCCCUCCAUCCGUCAGAGGAAGAAGGAUGACAGUCAGGUCAACUACCAGCCCGAGUACUUACACCUGCCCACCCUGAAUGACCUGAGCACACACCUGUAGUUUCAGCUUUGGGUCACCUUGCAUAAUCUUGUCCUAUUUGUAGGAUCUGUUAGAAAAUGAAAUGUUAUCCAGAAAAUGCUACCAGGCUCUGUUAUGCUUUCUUUUUUACAGCAGUCAUUUUCAAUAUUUUCAACUAUAGAUAAUUUUU